AUGGAAUUCGAGAGCGAUCUGAAUCUGAAGGCAACUGAGCUGAGAUUAGGGUUGCCCGGAAGAGAUGAAUCCGAGGAACAGUCUUCGUCUUGUGUGAAGAAAAACAAGAGAUCUUCAUCUGAAAUGGAUAGUUCAUCUGAACAUCAAGAAUCUGGCCCCUCAGCUCCCAAGGCUCAAGUGGUUGGGUGGCCGCCGGUGAGAUCUUACCGGAAAAAUGUGCUGCAGCAGCAGAAAAAACCCGAAUCCGAUGGAUCUGGGAUGUUUGUGAAAGUGAGCAUGGAUGGAGCUCCAUAUCUAAGGAAGAUAGAUCUCAAGUGCUACAAGAACUACUUUGAUCUUCUCAAGGCCUUAGAAAACAUGUUCAAGUGUACCAUAGGUGUGUACUCAGAGAGAGAAGGGUACAAUGGAUCUGAAUAUGCACCAACUUAUGAAGACAAAGAUGGGGACUGGAUGCUUGUGGGAGAUGUGCCAUGGGAUAUGUUCAUUACUUCUUGCAAAAGGCUGAGGAUCAUGAAAGGGUCUGAAGCUAAAGGCUUGGGGUGCCUCUAGAUGCAAUGGUCAGAGAGGAGGGUUGCAUAUCUAUGAGUUUUCAAGGGGGAACUCUUCUUGAUGGGCUGAUUGAGGGUUCUUCAACCAAUUCAGGCAGAUACAGAGAUCUGCAGCUUGGAAGAGGCAUAGAGGUUCAUGGAUGAUUUUUUUUGUCUCUGAUGGAUUUAAGCUCGGGCCCUGGAUGGAAAUUGCAGGGGAGCAGAAGGGUCUGCACAUCUUUUGUACAAAUGAUAGACUUCUUGGAGUUUCCAUUUUGUUUGUGUUUCUCAGAAAAUUAGAAAUGUAUCUACAGGAGUAAAGCAUAUAGAUAGGUGAUAUUAUACAAUAUAUAACCCACGAAAAUGCCAUUUUCAAGAUUCUUUUUGCUUC